AAGCCCAAGACCUGUUCAGUUGUACCUUCGUUGUCAGGCCCUUUAAAUGUCACGUGACUUCCCUAGGCUUGGUCCCCGCCUCUUUCCCCCUCCCAAAUCCAGGCUAACGCUGGUGAGAACGGGAAGCUCCCGACCUGGCGGACUAACUGGAGCACCGACGCUGCAGCCGGUUGGGCCAGUGCCCUUUCCCGCUCUGGAAAGGAAGAGAAAUGGAAGUGAAAAAGUUGACCCUUUCCUGGCAGUUCUUGAUAGUUCUGGUUCUGAUCCUGCAAAUUCUGACUGCGUUGGAUUUUGACCCAUACAGAGUCCUAGGGGUCAGCCGAACAGCCAGUCAGGCUGAUAUUAAAAAGGCUUAUAAGAAGCUCGCCCGGGAAUGGCAUCCUGACAAAAACAGAAAUCCUGGGGCCGCAGACAAGUUCAUCCAGAUCAGCAAGGCUUACGAGAUUCUUUCCAAUGAAGAAAAGAGAUCAAAUUAUGAUCACUAUGGCGAUGCUGGUGAGAACCAGCGGCACCAGCAGCAGCAGCGAGAGUAUCGCUUCCACCAUUUCCACGAAAAUUUCUAUUUCGAUGAAUCUUUUUUUCACUUUCCUUUCAAUUCGGAGCGGCGGGACUCAAUUGAUGAAAAGUACUUACUGCACUUUUCACACUACGUGAAUGAAGUGGUUCCAGACAGCUUCAAGAAGCCCUACCUCAUUAAGAUCACCUCAGACUGGUGCUUCAGCUGCAUCCACAUCGAGCCCAUUUGGAAAGAAGUGGUUCAAGAACUGGAAGGAUUGGGUGUGGGCAUCGGCGUGGUCCACGCGGGGUACGAGCGGCGCCUGGCCCACCACCUGGGGGCACACAGCACGCCCUCCAUCCUGGGCAUCAUAAACGGCAAGAUCUCUUUCUUCCACAACGCUGUAGUCCAGGAGAAUCUUCGGCAGUUUGUGGAAAGCCUGCUGCCAGGGAGCUUGGUGGAGAAGGUUACAAGUAAAAACUAUGUCCGAUUCCUCUCUGGCUGGCAGAAAGAGAAUAAGCCACACGUCCUUCUGUUUGACCAGGGGCCCUCUGUGCCGCUGCUGUAUAAGCUGACUGCAUUUGCGUACAAAGAUUAUCUGUCAUUUGGCUACGUGUCCUUCAGGAGGAGAGGGGCGGAAGAGAUGACAAGGCAGUACAACAUCAAUGUGUAUGCAGCUGCCAUCCUGGUCUUCAAGGAGCACAUCACCAAGCCAGCUGACAUGAUCCAGGCUCAAAGUCUGAAGAAGCAGGUGAUGGAUGACUUCAUCACCCAGAACAAGUACCUGCUGGCGGCCAGGCUCACCAGCCAGAAGCUGUUCCACGAGCUCUGCCCCGUGAAGCGGUCUCACCGCCAGAGGAAGUACUGCGUGGUCUUACUGACCCCUGAGGCCACCAAGUUGAGCAAACCCUUUGAGGCUUUCCUGUCCUUUGCCCUGGCCAACACGAGGGACACGGUGAGGUUCGUGCACGUCUAUAGCAGCCGGCAGCAGGAGUUCGCCAGCACCCUGCUACCACACAGUGAGGCAUUUCAAGGGAAAUCAGCGGUGUCCGUCUUAGAAAGGCGCAACACAGCAGGAAGGGUGGUGUACAGAACCCUGGAGGAGCCUUGGACUGGCAGCGAGAGCAAUAAGUUCAUCCUCCUGGGCUUCCUCGACCAGCUUCGGAAGGACCCAGGCCUCCUGGCGUCUGAGGCCGUGCUCCCUGACCUGACGGAUGAGCUUGCCCCUGUCUUUCUCCUCCGAUGGCUCUACUCCGCCUCCGACUACCUCGCUGACUGCUGGGACAUCAUGUUUCACAGUAACUGGCGGGAAAUGAUGCCCUUCCUGUCCCUGAUCUUCUCCGCCCUUUUCAUCCUCUUCGGCACCGUCAUCAUCCAGGCUUUCAGUGACUCCAGCGAUGAGCGAGAGUCACACCCUCCAGAUAAAGAGGAGAUUCCUGAGAAGGCUGGGAAGACUGAGCCGAGCUUCACCAAAGAAAGCAGCAGCAAGAUUCCUAAAAAAGGUUUUGUGGAGGUCACCGAGCUCACAGAUGUGACGUACACCAGCAACUUGGUCCGCCUGAGGCCAGGCCACAUGAACGUGGUCCUCAUCCUGUCCAACUCCACCAGGUCCGUCCUGCUGCAGAAAUUUGCUUUUGAGGUUUACACGUUCACUGGGAGCAGCUGCCUGCACUUCUCCUUCCUGAGCCUGGACAAGCACCGGGAGUGGCUGGAAUACCUCCUCGAGUUUGCUCAGGAUGCAGCCCUGAUCCCAAACCAGUAUGACAAGCAUUUCAUGGAGCGGGACUACACUGGCUACGUACUGGCUCUGAAUGGCCACAAGAAGUACUUCUGCCUCUUCAAACCCCAAAAAACAGUGGAAGAGGAAGAGGCCAUGGGAUCCUGCGGUGAUCUUGACUCCUCACUGCACCUGGGCGAAGCUCGGGGGAAGCCUUCUGGUGGCCCUGGCCCCAGGCCCAUCAAAGGGAAGCUGAGCAAGCUGUCCCUGUGGAUGGAGCGCCUGCUGGAAGGGUCCUUACAGAGGUUCUAUAUCCCGUCAUGGCCGGAGCUGGACUGAGGAUUUCCAAAGAGCUGUGAACUCUUCAGGUUUUUAACUGGUCCUCAGAACAGGUAUUUUCAGGACUCAACUAUCACCAUGAACAGAGUAUAGAUUUUAGAUCACUCUUCCAGCACAGUAGCAGGAAGAAUCUCUCCUUUGUCCUGGGAGUGAACCACACCACAGGCUUGAUGUCCUAGAUCAAAAUAAUUUCUUUUCCCUGUGGAGUUUUUUGUCCUCAUUUGAAUGCUUCACUAUUUAAAUAGACCUCUCCAUUCCCUCCUCUUUGUUACCUCUGUCAUGUGCUCACACCUCCCUCCCAACCUGUCCAUUAUGUUGGAGAAGCUGUGCGGGAUGGACCCCUGGGAGCCUGUCGCCAACAUCACUUAACCCUUCCCUGCCUCCCACCCUCAGCCUUGCUGCACAUGCUCCACACAGAACAGCCAGCGUUUCUCGAGAGCCUUUGCUCCAAGUAGUCUUCCUGGAAUGGUCAUUCUGGAAGUAAGCAGUGAGAAAUGUAUUUUGGGGGUAUCCCCCAUGACAGUUUGCCAGCGACAGUCUUGAAAGGGGAGAAGGGCACAUAUGAGUUUGGUUUUCCUCCCAAGCAAAGGGAAGGGAAACCUGGAGCCAUGCAGCCCCAGGAAGCAUUGGCCCUGCAAGAAGCACCAUCGUGACUUUGAGCCAUUGACCUGUACGUUUUCAGAUGCCUUUCUGCCCCUAUCAAUUUAGGGUACAGAUAUUAGGAGCCAUAACUUGUAACCUUGUUCUCUGAACGUAGAUAAGCUGCUUUGGAGCCAGUAGAGGUUAAACUGAGGACUGGUGAUUCCUGCCUGCCAGGGGUCAGGUGGAGGAACCUCUUAUCCUAUGGUAUCUCGAGUCAAAUACCAGACAACGUCUUUGUAUCGAGGAAUGUAAACUUUCUCAGCAGCCCCAAAAAUGCUGUAUCUUCAGGUCAUCUUUUGUGACAAGUAAGCUGAGACUUGUCCUAGACUCCCAUUUGCAGUGGCUUCCUUUCCACUUCUGGCCUCAAUCCCAGUGUCUCAGCUUCAUGGUUGCUCCCUUCCCAUGGCACCUGUGCUCCCAGGCCCAGGGUCACACCAGUCACCAGUGCUUCGUGUGCCUGGGGCCGGGCCGGUCAUGCCAGCCAUGAGCAGGCAUUCUCUUUGUUCUUAGGCCCAAAUCACCAGUGAGGUCGGGACAGCUUCCAAGAGUGAUCUGUUCUGCUGUCCAGGCAAAUGCCCUUUUGUAAGGAAGGGUGAAAAUCAGGGAUGGAAUGUGUACUAAGUUAGUAUUUCUCUAACCAAAAUUGCUUUUAACUAAGCCACUUGGAUCAUUGAUCAUUUCAACAUUGAGCUAUGGUGGUACAUAAUGAAUUACUUGAGCCCAGGGAUUCCUGUGGCUUUUCAUGGAGUCUUACAGCUUUAUUAAAAAAUAAAGAACUCACUGCCAGCCAUGGUUCUUCCACAUGACCCUUCAGACUUGAUGCUGGCUGUGGGCACUUUGUCUACAGCACCUGCCCAGUUAGAAUUCACUUUACUGGCUCCUUGAUAUACUGGCUUCAGAAUUAUUUUCUAGGUUUCUUUGUGAGGUUUUUUUGAGUUGUUUUUUUUUGGUACCAGGGAUCAAACUUGGGACCUUGUGCUUGCAAGGCAGCCAGCGGAACCACUCAGCUAAAUCCCCGCCUAUGUUUUUGUUUUUAAUGGCCAAGUUGAUCAUAGGAGUAGUGUUUUGAUUCAGUAGUAGGUUUUUAUUUUUAAUUUGUGAUAAUAAUGAAAUUCUUGGCUUUAAUUUCUAAAAACCAAAAAUUGCCCAGAUGUGUUUUUUUUUCAUUUAUGUCAUUAGGGCCGGGGAUUUAGCUCAGUGGCACCGCACCUCCCUCAAAAGCACAAGAUCCUUAGUUCAAUCUCCAGUACAAAAAAAAAUUUAUCAUUAAAAGCACCUACAGACAGCUGUACCUUCUGCUUGUAACAGGAAAGAAAAUGGUGAUGGAAUUGACAAAUACCCCUGGCAAAUGAUUGAGUCCAAAAAUUCUCCUACAGGUCUGCCUAGGGGUUGGUGCCCACGCACCCCAAGAGGAGACUGUGGCUUUUAUUUUCUAUUGAACUUUACCCUUGACCGUUACAAGCCUUUCCUCCCUUACGAAUGUUGUGUCCAAGAAUUUGUUUACUUUUGUGUCAAACACAUGAGCCCCUGUCCUGCUCAGCCAAUGCUGCCAUUUCUCAUUGUGAUAUUUGUGGUCCUAUAGGAUCUGAUUUGGGUCUUGACACCUGCGUCUUCAAAUAGCAACAUUGAUGUUUUAAGAGGCGAGUGUCUCCAGUUGAUACUGACAUGCAUUGUGUUUGGUAGAUGAGCGAAAACUAGCCUAAAACAAGUGUUUGUGGGCUACAAAACCGUCUCAGAACUGCUUCUUUUCAUUGCUCAGGUACUGGUCCCAGUUUGUCUGACACCUAAUCAGCCCCCACUGAGCAACACUGCAGUGAGCAGGCCUGGCCUCCUUUCCAGAAAGCGCCCUGGGGUCACAGCUGCUAGGUCAUAGUUUUCUGAGGUUGAUCUCUUUCUCAUUCACACUCUUCAUACUAUAGACUUUUAUUUAUUAUCAUAAUAAUCAAUUUGCAGCUGCCAUCUGGACAUAAGUGUUUUCUUGAUGUAAAAAAAAUGGGGCUGGGUGUGGGCCUGUAAUCUCAGCACUCAGGAGGCUGAGGCAGAAUGUUGGCUACAAGUUCAAGGCCAGCAUGGGCUAUGUAGCAAGACUGUCUCAAAAAGAACAAAAUAUAGAAUCUGACUAUGCUUUAAAUGAUUUGCUUUGUUUGGAAGUAGGAAUUGGAAGCAAACGCUCAGCUUUUUUCUUUAUAGUAGAAUUCCUUAAAAGCCGGGGCCUGGCUCAAGGUGUAGCUCUGUGGUAAAGCACUUGCCUUGCAUGUGCCAGGCACUGGAUUUGAUCUCCACCAUCACCAAAACAAAAACAAACUGAUGCAAAACAUCUUUGCAGAUGAAAUUUAGUUCAUGUCAAAUAUCUGACAUCUUCCCAAGAAAACAAAUGCAAUGUGGCAGCUGCUAAAUCUGUUCAAGAAAGAUAAUUAUACUUGAGAAACCCAUCAGAGAAGGUGAAUAUUUUGCACUUUUGAUACUCUUUAGAACAAAUAACUUAUGUGGCAAGUUGUAUCUUUUUUAUGUUUUGGGAUUUUUUUGUUUGUUUUCAGGGGAGUUUUUGGUUUUUUUGCUUUUUUGAGGUUUUUGGGUUUUGUUUUUUUGUUUUCUUGUAUUGUGAACAGGCACUGAAGCUGAUGUUAUUUGUUUUAAGAAUAUUACAGACUGGAAUCAAAUAAACUAUUUUAAUGUGUGA